AGGGGCGUGUCUAUUCAUGUUUUCCCGGCAGGCCCCGCGCGUGGGACGGGGCGUACGUCCACCUGAGGGGAAGGAGCAGAACAGAACAGCGGAGCCGGGAUGCAGCGCAUGAAGGUGGUUCUCGGGCACUUGGCCGGCGGCGGCAGCAGCAGCUCUGGCCCUGGCCCUGGCCCUGGCCCUGCGCUGAGGGCGAGCCCCUGCUGGGGUUUCUCUGGGACCGCCCGCUCGGCCGCGGCCGACCCGGAGGAUGUGGUGGUGGUCCAUGGGCGAAGAACGCCCAUCGCCAAGGGCAAGCGGGGAGGAUUUAAGGAGACUACCCCUGAUGAGCUGCUGACUGCAGUUAUGACAGCUGUCCUGAAAGACUUAAAUCUAAGCCCCGAGAAGCUGGGAGAUAUCUGUGUAGGAAAUGUACUUCAACCUGGUGCUGGAGCUGUCAUGGCAAGGAUUGGACAGUUUUUAAGUGGCAUUCCAGAAAGUGUACCAUUAUCAUGUGUUAACAGGCAGUGUUCAUCUGGGUUGCAGGCUGUGAUCAAUAUAGCUGGUGGCAUCAGAAAUGGAUCUUACGACAUUGGCUUGGCCUGUGGAGUAGAAAGCAUGUCUCUUAGAGACGCUCAUACCCCUGGGGACAUCAGUUCUCGUAUGAUGGACAAUAGCAAAGCCAGAGAUUGCCUUAUCCCAAUGGGAAUAACUUCUGAGAAUGUAGCAGAAAGAUUUGGUGUCUCCCGGAAAAAGCAAGAUGCCUUUGCCUUGGCUUCUCAACAAAAAGCAGCUCGAGCCCAGCAGAUGGGAUGGUUUAAAAAUGAGAUUGUUCCCGUGACGACCACCUUCACUGAUGACCAGGGCCAAGAGAAAACUAUCACUGUGCUCCAGGAUGAGGGGAUCAGGCCAAGCACCACGCCGGAGGGGCUGGCGAAGCUGAAGCCGGCCUUCAAGGAGAAUGGAACCACAACAGCUGGUAAUUCCAGCCAAGUUAGUGACGGUGCUGCUGCGGUUCUCUUGGCCAAGCGUUCCAGAGUGUUGCAGCUGGGCCUUCCUAUCCUCGGGGUGCUGAGAUCGUACGCGGUAGUUGGAGUUCCACCUGAUGUCAUGGGUAUAGGGCCAGCCUAUGCCAUUCCAGUGGCCUUGGAAAAAGCUGGUUUGACUGUGGAUGAUAUUGAUAUAUUUGAAAUCAAUGAGGCCUUUGCUAGUCAGGCUGUCUACUGCGUGGAGAAGCUUGGCAUCCCCAUGGAAAAGGUUAAUCCCCUGGGUGGCGCUAUUGCUUUGGGGCACCCUCUGGGUUGCACUGGGGCACGCCAGGUUGUCACUCUGCUCAAUGAGCUAAAGCGCAGGGGGAAGAGAGGGUAUGGUGUGGUCUCCAUGUGUAUUGGAACAGGCAUGGGAGCUGCAGCUGUGUUUGAGUACCCAGGGAAGUGACCUCGACUCCAGCCUGCUUGAAACAACCCAGUGCCUGAAGGACUGAAACUUCUCAGCAAUUGUGAAUAGUGAACAAUCCUAGUACACAAACGGUUCAUGAAUCUGUCUAAUGAAAAGGUGCUCAAUGUGUAGCCUGCAAGGGGGAUACAUAUCACUGAGCCCUGGUACCAUCCUCCACCCCUCUUUGCAGCCUUCCAGGCCCAGACCUGCAUCCACGUGAGACACUGCCACGGCUCCUGCUGAAUGUAGCACUGGCCUUUGAGGGAAAGACGUACCUGUCAGAGCAGAGAGGCUUGGAGAGACGCUGGAAGUCAUAUAUCUUGUCCUGUGGGACAGAAUCAAUGUAUCCUCCCUGUUCUUGACGGAAACUCUGCCUGAAGGGGCUAAUUAUGUAUUUGGGAGUGGGAUGCAGCGAUAGCAUAAGCUACUUCAUUUAGCCAGGCUUACUCUGUGCAAGAAAAGAUACUGGAAAUCCUCUUGCAAUUCACUGAUAAAAGGUGCAGGUAGAUGUAUAACUACUGAAGAGGAGGAGGGCUGUGGAUUGGUUUUGCUUUGGGAACUUCUAUGGGAAGAGCAUUUACUAAUGGGAAAUUACCUUCUGUGGUUUGAGUGCCCCCAAUCCCUACUCUAGGACUAUAUGAACUAAUAAUACUCAAGGUAUUUCUGGCAAUAUUCAGGUCAGAAGUUUAAACUGAACAUUAGUUGAUUAAAGAAUGUUUUUCUGAUUAAAUUUAAUUAACAAA